GAGGCCCAGAUUUUGCAAACAUGAUCUUGUAGUCUACUUCUUAUUACACUCUUAUUUCUCACUCUAUUUCUCGAAUUGUAUAUAUUCCACGAGUCACGGUUAUCGAAGUUAUUAUGCACUGAUACAGAGAAGGAAGUGAUAAAGAUCAAGAGGGUAAUUUUCAGGUGAAUUUGUGGUCAAGAUUCAAGAACAGAGAAGGUGGGCAGCCAUGGAAUUAGCUUUACAGGUUCAGACACCCCUGUGUUGUGGAAGAACAGUUCUCAGGGACAAAGCCCUUGUGAAGAUUAAACCUGUUAUCGGGUUUCACACUACCAGAAGAACAAAUUUGUUUUCACAGUUUACACAAACUUGUUCGUGGUACAAAUAUUCUUUGGUUGCUGGGUUCUCACAUCGGGUCACUGCAAGAUCAGGCUUCUCAAGAAAAAGACGGUUGAAAAUGUUGAGUCCAAGGGCAAAUGACUCUGCACCAAAGGGAUUUAAGCCUAAACCAAGCAACCUGAGGAAGGAUCGGAAAAUGCUUGAAGGGAAAGAAGGUCUGGAUCCUUCUACUUCUACAGAGUAUGCGAAUCACACCAAAAGAGAAAGUAAAUUUGACGUUGAAGUUGAUAAAAAUCUGGAGGAUGAUGACAUUCUUGAAACAAAGAUGACGGAGGAGAUAUCUUCUGGUAGAAAAGCAUUGGCUGUUGCCAAGUUUAGUCAAAGGGAUGAAAAUGGGAGCACUAGCACGGCUGAUGAGGGUACAAAUGUAAAUAGUGAUAUCACGAAUGAAAUGAGUACAUUGGGAUUACAAAUAAAGCAACUAGAUGCAAUCAAGAAUGGUGAUGAUCGAAUUGAGACUUUACGCAGUCAAAAUGAGGAUAAUGAGGAAGCUUCUCCAAAGUUAAGGCUGGAAGUGGAAGCAAAUUUACGUAAGAAAGAGAUGGAAGCAAAUUUACGUAAGAAAGAGAUGGAAGAAGAGCGGCGUAGGCAGGAGAUGCAAGCAAAUUUACGUAUACAAGAAAUCAAGAGGCUUGCUAGUGAGACUCUUGUUAAAGGUGAGAAAGUCUUUUGUUAUCCUGAGAUUGUGACACCUGAUCAAGAUAUAGAAAUAUUUCUUAACAAAACUAUUUCUAGUUUAAUUGGCGAAUCUGAUGUUUUGAUCAUGGGAGCCUUUAACGACUGGCGAUAUAAGUCUUUCACUGUAAAAGUAAACAAGACAAAGUUCAGUGGGGAGUGGUGGUCUUGCCAAAUUCAUGUUCCAAAGGAAGCAUACAAGAUAGACUUUGUGUUCUUUAACGGGAAAGAUGUUUAUGAAAACAAUGACAUGAAAGAUUUCUGUAUAUCUGUGGAGGGUGGAAUGAAUGUUCUUGAAUUUGAAGAGCUCUUGCUUGAGGAAAAACGAAGAGAGCUUGAGAGACUUGCGAGAGAACAAGCUGAGAGAGAAAGGCAAGCAGAAGAACAAAGGCGGAUUGAAUCAGAGAAGGCGUCGAGUGAAGCCGAUAGAGCUCAGGCUAGAGAUGAAGCCGAGAGAAGAAGAGGAAUACUUCAAGAAGUUCUGAAAAAGGCUGUGAAGUUUGUUGACAAUACAUGGUACAUAGAACCUACUGAGUUCAAAGGCGGAGAUAUGGUUAAGUUGUAUUAUAACAAUAAUGUAGGUCCUCUUUCAAAUGCUAAAGAUAUAUGGAUUCAUGGAGGGUAUAAUAACUGGAAAGAUGGAUUGUCAAUUGUCGAGAAGCUUGACAAGUCUGUGGAAAAAGAUGGAGACUGGUGGUAUGCUGAUGUUGUCGUCCCCAGUCGUUCACUUGUCUUGGAUUGGGUUUUUGCUGAUGGUUCACCUCAGCACGCCACCCUUUAUGAUAAUAAUCUUCGCCAAGAUUUCCAUGCUGUUGUCCCCUUAUCUAUUCCUCAAGAUCUCUUUUGGGCCGAGGAAGAACAUGAGAUAUACAAGAAACUUCAGAAUGAGAGAAGGCUAAGAGAAGAGGAAGUUCGAGCUAAGGCUGAAAAAACAGCACGCAUAAGAGCUGAAACAAAAGAAAGAACUAUGAAAACAUUUUUGUUGUCACAAAAGAACAUAGUCUACACGGAUCCUCUUGAUGUGCAAGCAGGCGGCCUUGUGACAGUUUACUACAACCCCACCAAUACCGUGCUAAAUGGGAAGCCUGAAGUAUGGUUUAGAUGUUCUUUUAAUCGGUGGACACACCGCAUGGGCCUUUUGCCACCACAGAAAAUGUUGCCGGCAGAUAAUGGGCUGCAUGUCAAAACCUCUGUUAAGGUCCCACUAGAUGCUUAUAUGAUGGACUUUGUAUUCUCUGAGAAGGAAAUCGAUGAUGGUGUUUUUGACAAUAAAAAUGGUAUGGACUACCACAUACCAGUGUCCGGAGGAGUUACGAAGGAGCCCCCAAUGCAUAUUGUCCAUAUUUCUGUUGAAAUGGCUCCCAUUGCAAAGGUGGGAGGCCUUGCUGAUGUUGUCACUAGUCUUUCUCGUGCUGUUCAGGAUUUAAACCACACCGUGGAUAUCAUUCUUCCAAAGUAUGAUUGCUUAAAUCUUAGCAAUGUGAAGGACUUUGGUUUUCAUAAGAGCUACUUUUGGGGUGGGACUGAAAUUAAAGUUUGGUUUGGAAAAGUUGAAGGACUUUCUGUCUACUUUCUGGAGCCUCAAAAUGGACUCUUUUGGGCAGGAUGCAUUUACGGUUGCAAAAAUGAUGCAGAAAGAUUUGGUUUUUUCUGUCAUGCUGCUCUUGAAUUCCUUCUUCAAAGUGGAUCUCAUCCUGACGUGAUUCAUUGUCAUGACUGGUCUAGUGCACCAGUUGCAUGGUUAUUUAAGGACCAGUAUAUGCAUUAUGGUCUGACUAAAGCACGCAUUGUCUUCACAAUUCAUAACCUCGAAUUUGGGGCUCAAUUGAUCGGGAAAGCAAUGGCGUAUGCUGACAAGGCUACUACGGUAUCUCCAACUUAUUCAACAGAGGUUUCUGGAAAUCCGGUGAUUGCUCCGCAUUUGUACAAGUUUCAUGGGAUACUUAAUGGCAUCGAUCCGGAUAUAUGGGACCCACUUAACGAUAAGUUCCUUCCUGUAUCUUACACUUCGGAAAAUGUCGUGGAAGGCAAAAAGGCUGCCAAGGGAGCCUUGCAACAAAAACUCGAUCUAAAGAGGGCCGAUCUACCCUUGGUUGGAAUCAUCACUCGAUUGACUCAUCAAAAAGGAAUACAUCUCAUCAAGCAUGCCAUUUGGCGUGCCUUGCACCGUGGCAGCCAGGUUGUAUUGUUAGGCUCGGCUCCUGAUCCUCGCAUCCAAAAUGAUUUUGUUAAUUUGGCAAGUCAGUUACAUUCAACACAUAACGACCAGGCACGGCUGUGUUUGACCUAUGAUGAGCCUUUAUCUCACUUGAUAUACGCUGGUGCAGAUUUCAUCUUAGUCCCUUCGAUAUUCGAGCCUUGUGGGCUAACACAACUCACCGCAAUGAGAUACGGUUCCAUACCCAUCGUGCGCAAAACCGGAGGACUUUACGAUACUGUAUUCGAUGUUGACCAUGAUAAAGAAAGAGCACAAUCACAAGGUCUUGUACCAAAUGGAUUUAAUUUUGAGGGAGCCGAUGCAGCUGGUGUUGAUUAUGCGGUCAACAGAGCGAUUUCUGCAUGGUACGAAAGUCGAGAUUGGUUCAAUUCGUUAUGCAAAGUGGUGAUGGAGCAAGAUUGGUCGUGGAACCGACCGGCUCUUGACUACCUGGAGCUCUACCAUGCGGCUCGAAAGUGAGAAUGGAGAAAGUGACGGAAGAAACCAGGGUUUGAUGACAUAAGAUUACAAACCAU